CCCGGCGCGAGUCGCAGGUGGGGACGGGGACCCGUGAAGUGGGGGACGGGGAGAAGGGUUUGAAAGCUAAGUCCGCGCUCGCGACCUACGUACCCCGCAGUGCUUCUGUGCUGAGCUUACGGCCCCGCGGUAGCUCACGAAUUUAAACACUAAAGGAAGAUGUCUUUUUUCCCCAAAAUCUCUUUCCAACGUGAAGUUGAAGAGUAUCUCACAAAAGUGUUCAGAAAUAAUGAGCUUAUAACUGCUUUAGGUACAAAGGAGGCAGAGCAUAAAUAUCAAUCUCUGUUAAGUCAUCUAUCUCAUCCACCAGCUAUCACAACUGUUAGAGUUAAUACCAACUUGACCUCAGUGAAACAUGUGAAAAAAUUGCUGCUUGAAGAGAUCCAGAAGCAAUUUAAAGGAAUCUGUGUUCCAGUUCUUGAGCACCCACAACUCCAGGACAUCUUAUUAAUUCCUGCUAUUGGACCCAGACAAGAUUUGAAAAAACACGAGUCUGAAGUCAUUGUUGGAGCACAGUGUGGGUAUGCAGUACUUCGAGGAGCACAUGUUUAUGUUCCUGGAAUCAUGUCUACUUCAAGAUUUGUGAAGGCCGGAGAUUUAGUCUCAGUGUAUUCAGAUAUUGAAGGGAAAUGUAAAAGAGGAGCCAAAGAAUUUGAAGGAGUCAAAGUUUUCCUUGGAAAUGGGAUUUCAGAACUGAGUCGCAGUGACAUUUUCAGUUCACAUGGCCGAACGACUGGGUUAGGAGUAAGAAUGACAGAGCCAGUCUAUCUUAGUCCUUCAUUUGACAGCGUGCUUCGUAGUCAUUUGUUUUUACAGAACUUACCUUCAGUGGUCGUGAGCCACGUUUUAAACCCUCAACCAGGAGAAAGAAUUUUGGACAUGUGUGCUGCACCUGGAGGAAAAACAACCCAUCUUGCAACAUUAAUGCACGAUCAGGGUGAAGUAAUAGCAAUGGACAAGAUAGCUAACAAGGUCAAAAAAAUUAAGCAGAACGCUGAACUACUACAGUUGAAUUGUAUAAAGGCAUUUUGCUAUGAUGGAACAAAGGCACUGUCAGAUGAGAAGAGAGAGGAUAAACAAGAAGGACCUCCAUUCUUACCAGAAUCAUUUGAUCGAAUUCUUCUUGAUGCUCCAUGUAGUGGGAUGGGGCAGAGACCAAACAUGGCUUAUUCCUCGACUUUAAAGGAAGUGACAUCUUACCAGCCACUGCAGCGCAAGCUUUUCACUGUGGCAGUGAAAUUGCUGAAGCCAGGGGGUGUUUUAGUAUAUAGUACAUGUACAAUUACACUUUCUGAAAAUGAGGAGCAAGUAGCAUGGGCCCUGGAAACGUUUCCAUGCCUCCAGCUUCAGCCUCAGGAACCUCAUAUUGGAGGAGAAGGCAUGAGGGGAGCCGGACUGGCGCUCCAUCAGCUGAAGCUGCUGCAGAGAUUUGAUCCAUCUGCUGGGACUCUGCAAGGAAUGGAUAUAGAAUCUUUGCAAGAUUGCAGGGAAGAAGAUUUAGUUUUGCUGGCAAAUAAGGACUGUAUAGGAUUUUUUAUUGCAAAAUUUAUGAAGUUGAAGAGUAAAUAAGCACCUAGCAAUACAACCUGGAAAAAUACCUCGGUGAGCCUAAGAGCAGUUCAGAAGUGAAGCGCAUGUGGUGGUGCUGCUGGGUUGCCAAGCCAACGGGUGACGGCAGGGUUGCCAUGGCAGCGCUACAAUCUGCCAGCUGUUCUGCUGGGAAAGAGCCACAGGUUGCAGAAAGUCCGGGCUGGGGGAAGGGCAGCAUCAUUUUUAGGUCUGUUUGCUUUUAUAUUCACAGCAGGUCAGUGCCUGGAUGACAAGUAUGUUCAGUCAUGCUUUUGUCUGUUAUCUCUCACCGUGUGAGUGGCUUAUCUAGUGCAGGAGAAGUGGGAGCAGGGGCUGGGGGUGGUGAGGUAAGCUCCUCUGUGAAAGGCAAGCAGAAGUAAAAUGGACAGGAACUAUUACUGUGAAUUCUGGAAUAAGCUAUUUCGGUGGAGGUUUACCAAUAGUUCAUGCUUCAUUAAAUAGGGCUUCAUGAAACACUGUAACGUUUUACAAAUAACUUUUAUAAAUUGAUACUUAGAACCUCAUUUCUCUUUUAUUUUAAUACAAGCAAGAUUCUCUGUACACAUAGUAUAUACACAAAAUACGAUUAGGCUUUGUAGCAGGUCUUUUAUAGCAGCAUGAAUAUAUUAAACCAUCUCACUCUGGGAAUGUAAAUAAAUAUUAUUUCAACAUCAAA